CUUUUUGAUCUGUUUGAGGAAGUUCAUGAUUCUUAGGUUGUAUAUGGAUUUCUUAAGUUGUUUCAGAUCUUUCUUCGGGUAUUUUUAUCCCUGUCUAAUUUUUUUUUCUUCCCAAUAAUAGAGCUACUGAACUUGUUCAAAGCAUGGCUCUCUCUUGUGGUCAUUUUGAUAGAGGAGAGGUAAGGAUUCAUGAGAGUUUGGAAGAGCUAAAGACUGAUUUGGCAGAUCUUAUUGCUGAACUAUCAGAGGCAUCUGUGAAGGAAAGGGGAGCGUUUGCCAUUGCUUUAUCUGGCGGCUCCCUCAUUGGCUUAAUUAGCAAACUCUCUGAAGCGCCUUAUAGCAAGACAGUAGACUGGUCCAAAUGGUACAUCUUCUGGGCUGAAGAUAGCCUUGCGGGGAAAAGCCAUCCAGAUAGCAAUUAUAAGCUUGCAAAAGAUUGCCUUUUGUCCAAGGUGGCGAUCAUCCCUAGUCAUGUGCAUUCCAUAAAUGAUUCAGUGUCAGCAGAAGAGGCUGCUAAUGAGUACGAGUUUCUAAUCAGACAGACAGUUAAAAAUCGUAUAGUGGGCGUGUCUGAAACAAGUGACUGCCCCAAUUUCGAUUUCAUCCUUGUUGAAUUGGGUGCGGAUGGCCAUGUUGCCUCUCUAUUUCCUAAUCAGUCAGCUUUGAAAGAGAGGGAAAAAUGGGUGACUUUUACUACUGAUUCCUCCAAAACCUCUCAUGAGAGAAUCACAUUCACCUUGCCUGUUAUUAAUUCUGCAUCUAACAUAGCAGUGGUUGCCACAGGUGAUAGUAAAGCAGAGGCUGUACACUUGGCGGCUGAUAAUAUAGGGCCAGAGUGCCCUGUAGUGCCGGCAAGGAUGGUCCGGCUGGUAAAGGGUAAGUUGGUCUGGUUUUUGGAUAAGCCAGCUGCUUCAAAACUUCAACUUUCCCUGAUGUCCAAUCAGCAUGAGCUAUGAAAUACCUUGCAAACGUUGCAGCAAGUUGAUGUACAUGGUUAUGGGAUAUAAAUGUUCGAUUCUCGUAGAUCCAAACUAUAGUCUUUACCAUUGGAUAAAAAAAAAAUUUCAACAUUUUGAUGGUUCCUCAUAUAAUGAAUUAUGUUCCACAA